AUGAAUAUGAAUGAUUUAUUGUUUCAGGCCGCUACGCAGACGAUUGAUGCGCUUAGUUUUACACAAAGCCAUGUCAUUGAUGAGGACUUCCGCGCCCAUAGUAAAGCCACCAUUAACUCCGUUCGCUCUUUGCAGCGUGAGCAACGCAGUCGCAUUGAGCAGAAUUAUGGCCCGCGUGCCGUCUCCUCGGACGCCAUCGCGGCGCAGCUGAGGGCCACGUACCGCGGGGAGACGGCGUCACUUGAACUCAUGAAGGAGGCGAACGAACGUGGUGUGCCACCGGCCUUUAUGGCAAACAUGUCACAUAGCAAGUGCCAGGUCUUCAAGAAGGAAAUGAAGCGGCGUAUUCAUGAGUGGGAGCGCGCGUUCCGUGAGGAACACGGAGUCGCCGUGACAGCGCAUGACAAGGCGUCGUUGCAUCAUGUAUACGAACUUUACAAAGCGGCGAAAAAUCGGCUCAAGGAGACGGAGUCCCCACGGAAAACCGCCUUUGAGCCAAAAGUAGAAGAUACCUCCGAGCUUCACCAACCACAAUAUUAUGAAAAAAAACAUGAACCAUAUCAACCGCGGCAGGCGUUGUAUGAAGGCGGUGGGAAUAACGGAGAUGCCGGUAGGGAUGAAAGGGGCGGAACGGUUGGGGUGCAGCCUUCUCAAAUUAGCAGCACCCAAAUGGAUAGUGCUGGCAGUAAACAAUUUACAACACCGGCUUCCGUAACGUCUUCCAUCAAUGUGCCGCGGCAGAACUCCCCGUCACGGCCUAUUCGUAAAGGGAAGCCAGCGAGUCAGAUGUCUGACGAUGAUCUUGCGACGGAGAAGCGGUAUUUAAAAUACAUCCUUCAUCGGUUUGAGAGUGACUUUGAGCAAAAGAAUGGUCGCCCCCCGACGAAAAAUGACCGACGGGUAUGGACAGCGGAAUACACUCGUUACGGUGAGUUGAAAAACGAGAUUCUCCGUCGCUCAGCAAAUGGGAAACAGGGAGAAGCUUCCAAUGUAGAGGGGGGAGCCCACACCCGUGUUUCUGCGGGUCCUGUUACAAUUCCCGAAAACUUUUAG